AUGGCCAAUUCCCCAUCUCACCGGAGCCCAGCCUCGUCCACCUCGGCCGGCCGAGACUCCGGCUCCCUUUCACAUUCCAGAGACCGCCGUGAUGCGCCAUCCUCCACAUCCGCCGACCCCGUUGCCGACCCCGUGCCGGUUGAGACACUGGUGGAACACCUCCUCGCCGCCAAACGCUCCUUGUCGUCCAUCACCGCCGUCCUCCGCGCCAACGAGAUCGCCACCGAUGCCCGCCAGGCCCACGAGGAGGCCGUCGUCCUCUAUGCCGAGACACAGUUCCUGCAGCGUGCUAUUGCCGAGCAGUUGGCCCUGCUGAUGAAGGUCCGCCGAGGUCUCAAGAGGACCUACGACGCCGGCAAGCGCGACUUCAAAAACCUCGUCAAGACCAUGGAUGCAACCAACGAGACCCUACGCGAGACCAUGGACAUGCUCAAGAACACAACCGUCGAAGCCGUCUUCCGGCCCCCUGGCGAGGCGCGACGAAACUUGAUGGAUUUUGUCGACGAGAAGAGCGUUCACGUUAUGCGCGAGGCGCUGAAGCAGAGCCUGGGCGAGCUGCAGGUGCGAAUCCCGCCCGACCUCGACGUCGUGCCUAUACAUUCCAUCCAGACUUCCUUCGACGGCGAUCUCCUUCGAUUCGACGACGACCUGCGAGCCCUCAAAAAGUCGAUCGCGGCAUCACCAUUGCGCCGCCUACCCUCCGACUCGUCCGCAACCGAUCCCAUACCCGAGCUGCUCGGUUCCCUUGUCGACCACUCCCACUCCAUGGCACAGCUCCUGACGUCCUUGACGAAACAUUUUGACCUCUGUGUCACGGCCGUUCGGACCACGGAGGGCGGCGCGGCCCUCGCUCGUCGCAGGGCCGCCGAGGUGACGCAGUCGCAAGGCGGCGACGGCGUGUCAAUAUCAGGCGUCAUUGCCGACCAGGAGUCUCACAUGCCCGAUCUCGACCCCAUUACAUACCAAGACCGCGCAGACAUGCUGGAAAUCGUCGUCAGCGACGCUUCCGAAGUCGAAAGCGUCAUCCAAGAGCUCAACGAGCGGCUACAGGCCAUGGAAGACGAGUUUGCUGCAAUGACGGAGCAGACGGGGCAGAUCAAGGCGGCCUUCCUUGGCACGCUGGGAGCAUUCGCUGCCCUGGAAGACAUGGGCAGCCGCAUGGCCAGCUACAUCGCCAGCGAGGCGGAGUUCUUGCAGCGGUGGGAGGACGAGCGGUAUACCAUCUACAACAAGCUCGGCGAGAUGGAAGACCUUAGGGACUUUUACGAGAAAUACUCAAACGCCUACGACAACCUGAUUCUCGAGGUUGAGCGGCGCCGCAUGGUGGAAGAUAAGAUCGCCAGCAUCUGGAAGAAAGCCAAGGACAGCGUCGACAAGCUGACGGAGAACGACAGGCGGGAGCGUGAAGGCUUCCGCCAAGAUGUCGGCGAGUUUAUACCGACGGACUUGUGGCCGGGUAUGGACAGCGGGAUGAAGAGGUGGGAGCUCGUCACGGUCGACGGCGGGAGCUCCGAGGACGAGGCGAGCGGCGGCCAGAGAAGCACGCCGGCGUUAGACAGGAGCGUCGUGGAUGCGGCCAGAGACAGACUGGACCGAAGCCAGCAGCGGUAA